AUGAAAGAUAAUAUAAUUGCUAAAGAAUUAAAUAAAAAUGAAGGCAAAAACCGUUAUAAAUAUCAAUCCUUUAAAACUCGCGUAGAAAAUUUAAAGAUUGAUGUAUCACAUAGUAACAAAAAGACUCUUGAAAAAGAAUUACCAGAGGGUAUUGGUACUUACUUUGGAGAAUCUUUAGAAUCAUGGAAAGAACUCAACCUUACAUUACAUUUCAAAGCAUUUACUCGUGAAAUUUCAAAUUACUGUCAAUCAUUGCCUCAACUAUUAUAUCAUAAAGAAAAGAUUGUAGAAAUCUUGGAGAAACAUCUUAAAGUGGAAAAUAGUCUUGCUUUAGAGCCAUUAUUGGAUCUUGUUACGAAAUUUGCAAGAGAUUUAGAACUUGAUUUUUAUCCUUUUUUUGAAAGAAUAAUCACGGUCAUUUUACCUCUUACAAAACAUAGAAAUGUUGAAACGUUAGAGUGGACAUUUAAUUGCAUUGCAUAUUUAUUUAAAUAUUUAUUAAAACAAGUGACUGAUAAUUUAUGUUCUACCUUUAAGUUGAUGGCUCCUUUGUUAGGCAAAGAAUAUCAAAAACCUUAUAUACAACAUUUUGCUGCUGAAGCAUUUGCUUAUUUAUUGCGCAAGGCUCAAGAUGAUAAACUCACUAAUAUAAUAAGAUUCAUUAUUGAUUCAGCCAACGCAUCUCCAAAUGAUGUUUACUAUGAAGGUUUAAGCAUGUUAUUUUGUGAAACAAUCAAGUCUUCAGAGAAUAAAAUCCGUUCAAAGGGCACGAUACUGCUAAGAGAAUUAUUAGAUGUUUGUCAUCAAGAUUUAAUGAGAUUUGAUAAUGCUGGUAUGGAAACAACAAUUGCUAUUCUUCAUCAUAGUAAAAAAGAAAGUUUCGUGCCGAUUCUAAAUUUAUAUUUGAAUAGAUUGGAAAUCCUGAUUAAGAAUUUUGAUGAAAAUUAUUAUAAUCUUAAUGGAGGAAAUGUAAAUGGCAACAUUUCAAGAAUGGAUGAUAUCUCUGAAAUAGGGAUGGUUUUGUCAUAUAUUUACGUUUGUUUAACAGUUCGAAAGGGUAGUCGUAUUAAUGACUUCAAAUCAAUUUUCAAUAUAAUAAUACAACUUUCAAAAAUCAGAUUCAUUUCAUCUACAAAAAAAUCGAAUAAUUGGGAUUUUUUUCAAAAUCAAUACUUUAAAACAUGCGCGGCUUUGAUCACUUUAUCAAAUUUCAGUGAUGUUUUAGUUUCGGGAAAAACCUUAUUAGAUAAAAUAUUUGAAUAUAACGACGUUGAACAUGUAUUGGCUUUUUAUCUGGAACUAGCUAAUAAUAAUUGGGAACAUUAUACAAAAAUUAUGACUCCAUAUAUUGUUCGCAAUACUGAAGAAACCCAUAAUCCUGCAGAUGAGUUGUUGAAAUUAAUCCAACAAAAUUAUGAUUGGGUUACUGAAGUAGAAAAGUUUAGUAUGCUUGACUUGGAUUUGGAAUCUGAUCAAGUUCCAUUACUGGCACUUAUCUCGGCAUCUUUAACAAUUUUAAAGCAUGUUACUGCUCCAAAACAAGUGUUAUAUGAUUCAUUGGUGUCGCUAAUUAAGAAUUUGGUUAAUUGCCUUCAAUUGUCUGAUAAUUUAUUUUCCCCAUUACUAAAAAGACCAGUCACCAACGGAUCUCCAUUUUACAUUCUUCAAUAUUUAUUGGGUCAAGCAAUUGAAUUAUUGGUAGAGACUUGUUGUACUUCUGAGAAUGAUUUAAGUGAUUUAUGGGAUAUUAUGAUUAAUGAUAUAUUGAUAGGAUAUGGAACUAAUGAAGUUGUAUUACGUGGGAUUAUGAAAUAUUUAGAAUUUUUACGGAAACAGUUUAGCACUGAUUCUUUACAAAAAAUCUACCCACAUAUUAAGCAUAAUAUUUCCUCUCGUACCCAUCACAAACGACUAUACACAUUAAAAAUAUUAAAUCUAUUCGAUCAAUUUGAUCUUAAGCCUGUAGAAGGAAAUAGAGGAGGAAAUAGCAUAACAGGAUUGUGUCAUAUUUUUGAUUUAGCCCUCCAUGUUGAAGAGGUUGAAACUACAUUUUCAUCGUAUCGUGAAAAAAUAAUUCAACUCCAAAGACUAGGAACUUUAGCAUCUACUAAGCAAAUUCCUGAUUUUUAUUCUGAAGUGAUUCCGUUAUUAUGUUUAGGCUUAUUUACAAUAAAUUUUAGCGCGAUAUGGACUGAAGCAACGAAUCUUCUAAUCACAGUUGCUCAAGUUGACCCAAAGACUUUUUGGAGUAUUAUUUAUAAUGAAAUUUCUAAAUUUAAUGAGGAAACCAUUUUUUUCAAUCCUGGAUUUUCAGAAAAAGUUUGUGAUCCGGAACAAGAAAGAUUUGACCACUGGAAUUAUUAUAAUCUUUUGAUUAAAACCCUUAUUGAAGUACCCCAUAUUGUCGAGCAACAUUCAAAACAUAAUAAUAAAGAAGAUUUGCAAAACAAAAGUUCAGUUCAGGUUCCACAAAACACUAAAAAGAAAUUGAUGCUUUUUUUACAACUUUUUUCCAAAUUCAAAAAUCCCAAAGCAGUAUUUAAGUCAAGUCAAUUACAAAGUAACUACUUGAGAUUAUUAAUUUUAGGUGAUGCUAAAAUUCAAGCACUAGCUUUAGAUUGCAUAUUUUCAUGGAAACAUAAAGGAAUUGCUCCCUAUAAAGAUAAUAUUAAGAAUUUAGUUGACGAGACAAAAUUUAGGGAUGAACUAUCCACAUUCUCUUUAAGCAAAGACAAUAGCACCAUUGAGUUUGCACACAGAGCCGAAGUUAUGCCUAUAAUUAUUAGAAUUUUAUAUGGUAGAAUGAUAGAUAGGAAGGGAAAAACAUCUUCUAAGACCGGUAUGGGUGCUCGUAGAGUUGCUGUAUUAUCAGCAUUAAUAAAUUGUCAGGAAUCUGAGUUAAGAUUUUUGAUAGAUUUGCUAUUAGAACCUUUCACUGAUUUGGACUUGGGAAGGCACGUUCCAUUUAGAAAACAAAUUGGAUAUUUGCAAUUUCUAGAUGACAUACUAAAGCAGUUGGGAUCUUAUCUAUUACCAUUUAUCUCCGACAUGUUCAAAGUAGUAUUAUAUAUUAUUCAUGAUUCCCAAAAAUUUUUAAACACCAAUGAAAGUUAUCAAGAUAUUAAUAAUAAUCAAGUUCAAAAAUACAAAGCUUUAAGACAACAAGGCAUUAAAAGAAUCACAGGUUUCUUCAAAUUACAUGUAUCAUUUAAUUAUCAAAUAUUCCUUAAUGCCAUGUUUGAAGAUUUUAUAAAUUCAAGAAUUCCAAAACUAAACGUUGAAAGCACUCAAGCACCUUCUGCCUUAAUGGAACUAUUUGCAGUAUGGUCAUCACGAAAAGAAUACUUGCCGUUUUUGGUUAACUAUAACAAUGAGGUAUUACCAAAAAUUUUUGCAUGUCUUUCUGCUAAAAAAGUUCGUGAUUCUGUUGUUUCAAUUGUUUUGGAUAUCAUUGAAAACAUUCUAAAGAUAUGUGAGGAUGAAAUGAAUAAUAACACUGCUAUCGAUGAAAAUGAAGGAACUCAACGGUUAGAAAAUGCAUUAACCAACAAAGUAUUGUUACCUCAUAUUUCAUCGCUUUUGGAUAAUUUGGAAUAUUCUCUUUUGAAAUCAAGCCAGAAUACGACGUUGGGAAAAGACGCAUUUUCCAAAAGAGAAAUUAUAAUAUUAUCGAAAAUUGCGGCAUUUGUAAAUAAUGGUGACCAAGCAAGGAAAUUGGUGGAUCUUUUAUUACCAAAUACUCGCAAGUCUUCUCAAAUUAUUAAUGAGGAUAUUAAAGCAAAUAUUUUACAAAUCAUUAUCAACUUUUUACCUAUCAUACCUGGAUUCAUACCUCACACAGAGCUAUUUACCAACUACUAUAAUUAUAUUUCACAUGAGUUUCAAUUUUUGUCUUCACGAAAGUGUAGAAUUCUUUUGGUUAAAAUACUUUUGGAAUUUUCAAAAUUAGAUCAUUCUUUAAUUGACGUUGUAAAAAUUAUUGACGAUCUUAAUUCAUAUUCGGAAAAAAGAUUGGAUGAACCCGAUUUUGGAAAGAGGUUGGAUGCUUUUAGCAGAAUCAAUCAAGAGCUAUACAAAAACUUCAAUACAAUGCAAUGGCUACCAUUACUUCACAAUUUUUUGUUUUUCAUACAAGAUCCAGAGGAGUUUUCAAUCAGAAACAAUUCAUCAUUUUGUUUAACAAAAUUUAUCGAUUCCGUAAAUGAAUCGAUAAAUCCAACCAGUGAUGACGAGAAAUUAAAACAAGAACAAUUACAAAAUCUUUUGAUUCACGUGAUUUAUCCUUCAAUCAAAAAAGGAAUGAGAUUGUCUAAUGAGUUGAUUCGGGUUGAAUUUCUUACAAUCUUAUCUUAUACUGUAAAAAAAUGUUCAACGAGUCCUCAAUUUUCGGAUAUGAGUUGUCUUUUGUUUGAUGAUGAAGAAGCGAAUUUCUUCAAUAAUAUUCACCAUAUACAAAUACAUCGACGUAUCCGCGCACUUAAAAGAUUUUCAAAUGAAUGUAUUGCUGGAAAUUUAACAAGUCGAAGUCUGGUACAAAUAUUUUCACCACUCAUCAGUCAUUUCAUAUUUGAAUCAGAUAGAAUAAGUGAUCAUUUACUUAUUAAUGAGACUAUAGCUGCAUUGGGCGCAAUUGCAAGUCAGCUUCCGUGGGGCCAUUAUUAUUCACUUUUAAAAUAUUAUAUGAGAUUGAUUCCAAGAAAAACAGCAUUAGAAAAGCUUAAACAAUAUUUGACCAAAUGUGAUAAUGAAACAAUUAUAAUUAGGGUGCCUAUAGCAUUAUCCAUCACCAAGCUUUUAAAAGCUUUACCAGAAGUAUCACUUCGUCGUAAUUUGCCAGGGUUGCUUACCACAAUUUGUCAGAUGCUUAGGAUUCGUCAACAAGAAGUCCGUGAUGUUACGCGCGGCACUCUUAUCAAAAUUUCUAGUUACCUCGGUUCUACAUAUUUUUCUUUUAUUGUUAAAGAAUUAAAAGCUGCGUUGACUAAGGGAUAUCAAUUACAUAUUCUUGGAUAUACCUUAAAUUCGUUUUUUUGGAGCUGUAAAAUUAUAGAAUUUAAAAAUAUAGGAGUUUUGUUGAUUCCGCUUAAAGAAGUGCUGAGAGAAACUCAGAAUGCAAAGGUUCUUCGUAAAGUUGACGAUCUUUUACAGAAAUUAGCAAUUGGAUUGAAUUCAAAUUCAAAAUUUGAUAAUGAAGAAAUGAUAGUAUUUUGCCGUGGACUUGUAUCAGAGAAUCUUGAAAUUUCGAAAUCAAGUUUGAAAGUCAAAACUCAUAAAAGUGACAUGGAAAUAAAUUAUACUGUUCAGCUUAAUCGUAAUAUGAAUAAUCCUAUGGAUUACUUUGAUGUGAACUCGUACAGAUUUGUAGAAUUUGGAUUGUCGAUAUUUUUAGCAGCGCUAAAACGCAACAAAUUUAAUACAAGUUCAGAAGAGCAAUUGAAAAUGAUAGAACCAUUGGUGAGGAUCAUUGGAAAUGCAAUGUGUUCUAAACACCAAUCAAUCAACAUUUUUGCAAUAAAAAUAGUUUGUAUUUUUUGUAAACUUAAAUUAAAAUCAUUGGAAUCUGAUAUGCCAGCGAUUAUAAAACAAACUUUUGUUCUUAUAAGAUCUUCAGAUAAUACCAGUACAGAAUUAGUGCAAAAUUGUUUUAAAUUACUGACAGUAAUAAUACGUGAUUGUAAAAAAAUCGAAUUCAAAGAAAGUCAUUUAGCUUUUAUUAUUGAUUUGAUUAAACCAGAUAUUGAAGAACCUCAAAGACAAAGCACAACAUUUUCGCUUAUUCGUGCGAUAAUAUCACGUAAAUUUAUAAUGCCGGAAAUUUAUGAUUUGAUGCAAACAAUUUCUGAAAUAAUGGUUACAAGCCAAGCAGCUACGACUAGAGAUCUAUCUAGACAAUUAUUAUUCCAAUUCUUAAUGGAUUAUCCUCAAGGACGCGGCAGAUUAAAAAAUCAAAUAAACUUUUUAAUAAAAAAUCUUAAUUAUACUUUUGAGAAUGGUAGAUUAUCAGUGAUGGAAAUGCUCAAUUUAAUAUUCACCAAAUUUAGUAAUGACAUUUUAAUGGAAUACGCGGAAUUAUUUUUCUUGGAGUUAGUCAUGUCAUUGGUGAAUGAUGAAUCGGAUAAGUGUGGUGAAAUGUCUAGUGCUUUAAUUAAAUUAUUAUUAAAAAAAAUGGAUGAACAACGGUUAAAGAACGUUUAUGUUUUAUUAAAGAAAUGGUUUGACCAGUUGGAGAAUAAAAGUUUGCAAAGAAUGUCACUUCAGGUUUAUGGAUUGGUCAUUGAAGCUUUUGGUGAUAAAUUUAAAAAACAUAUUCCUGAAUUGCUGGAAAUGCUGGAAACUUCUUUGAAUAUAAGUUUAGAAUUAUUUGAAUCCACAACAGCUGUUAUCGAGUCUAACGGCGAUGAUAGUAUGAAUAUUGAUAUUGAUAUUGAUUGGGAAGUUAGAUAUUAUGCUUUAAGUACAUUUACGAAACUUGUAAAAAGCUUCCCUUACGUUGUUUAUUCCGAAAAAACAAAAGUUAUCUGGUCUCUAAUUGACAAACAUAUUCUUUAUCCACAUGUAUUAAUUCAACUUUCAUCAAGCAAAUUGCUUGGAACCUAUUUUUCAAAUAUUAAUCCAGAGACCAUGAUUAUGGCUGGAACUAAUAUCAAAUGUGAUUAUUUGGACAGAAAUACACUCAAAAAACUUGCUAUAAAAUUUAGUGAUCAGCUAAAAAAUGAAUCCUUAGGAAAAGAGUUGGCAACACAAAUUGACAAAAACAAUACGAAAAUUGACCAUGAUGAAUCGAAUAAAAAAAAUGAAAAUUUAAAACCAACUUUGUAUUGGUUAUUUAAAAGGCUAUCAUAUCAAGUUAGAUUUGCCUCAUUAAAACCUGAUGAUACAGAUUUCCAGAGAUUAAGUAUUUAUCAGUGGUUUGCUGCAAUGGCAACAUCAAUAGCACCAGGAGACUUAGUACCUUAUUUAAUUAUUAUGAUUUCUCCACUAUAUCGAUUCAUCAACGAUGAGACAAUUAAAGGACAAGAAAUUGCAAAACGUAAAAUAAAAAGGAACGAAAUGAAAAAACAAAAUCGUAAACGUAAAAAUGCAGAUUUUGCAAAGCAAAAAUUAAGAUUUGGUGAAGGUAAAUGGUAG